AUGGCAGAACAGAAAGCCCUCUACUUGACCGUCGCCAAGGGUCCCUUCGCAGUCGACACGGCCCCCAUCCCGAAACCAGGUCCAGGGCAAGCCCUCAUUAAGAUCCAUGCAACCGCGCUCAACCCCGUCGACUGGAAGAUCCAAGCCUAUGACUUCUUCGUAAAGCAGUAUCCGACAAUCCUGGGUGAAGAUCUCGCAGGUACCGUUGAAGAGCUCGGGGAGGGCGUGACAAACUUGAAGUUGGGCGACCGCGUUAUUGCGGAGGCGUCCAUGGGGUCACUUGCGACCGCGUCUUUCCAGCAAUACGCACUCACAAAUGCCGAGGUUACGGCCAAGAUCCCCGACUCGAUCUCCUUCGAGGAAGGGGCGUCCGUACCCCUAGGUCUUGCGACUGCGGCGGUGGGGCUUUAUAGCAGAAUCGGCGGUGCCGGGCUGUUCCCGCCUUGGGGAGAGGGCGGUCACGGGCUGUAUAGUGGAAAGCCGUUCGUUGCGUUUGGGGGGGCUAGUUCGGUCGGCCAAUUCGCCAUCCAGCUGGCAAAGUUGUCUGGCUUCAGUCCGAUCAUCACCACUGCUUCCACGCAUAACACGGAGUGGCUCGUCGGGAUCGGCGCAACGCACGUUGUCGACCGUAAUCUCUCUCCAGAGGCCAUACGCGCGGAGGUUGCAAAGAUCACGUCAGAGCCUAUUGAGGUCAUCUACGACGCAGUCUCGCUGCCCGACACGCAGAACGUUGCAUACGAUCUCCUCGCUCUAGGAGGGUGCCUCAUAAUUGACCUCGACCUGUCGGUCGACAAGGCGAAACAGACCGACGACAAGCGCGUCGAGCAUGUGUAUGGCAAUAUAAACAUACCAAGAAACAAAGUCCUGGCCGUCGGUUUGAUGAGCAAGCUAACUACUUACCUGGCGGAGGGCGCGAUCAAGCCUAACCGCGUGGAGAUUUUGCCAAAUGGCUUAGAGGGCAUCAUUGGCGGUCUUGAGAAGCUGAGGCAGGGCGCAUAUGCUGCCAUGCGCCGUAGCUCGUGCCCAUCACCAUCUUCUGUUGCCUUCACUUUCCCGUACACCUUCGACUAUGACUGGAAUAGCUCUUCGUCUCCGAGUCAUGCAUGUACUACGCUUCUCAGACCUGCGAGCUGCCAGAAUCUAGUAUCUCCAUCUUUGGACGGCCUUGGAGGAGUUGCGGGUGCUAAAUUGCAUGCCAGUGUCGUGCGGGAAAACGACGCAAGUACCGGUGGUCUUGCAGGGACAUUCAAUCCGAAGCUGUACUUCGUCCAGAAUCCCAGUAGAAAAAUAACGGACAAGCAGGAUACAAGAAGUCGCUUCCUGUUUUGCGAGAGCGGCCGUGGACGAGUGGUCCCAGUGAAUGUCGAUGCCAUCUCCUCCCUUGCAUUGGCCCAAUCCUAUCCGGACACAGACGUGGUGAUCGUUUCUAAUAACGAUCUUAAUCCUUCUAACCAGAAUAGGGCCAGUGCACUGUAUCUGAGGAGCGGUUUCUCCUGUUUAGAAGCGUACGAGGCCUGCGCCCAGCUCCAGGAGACUCUCCUACCGGAACCAGGAAGCAUAGGUCUUAGUGCAGAAGAUCUCUCCGACGUUCUCACCUCAAACAGGCAUGGCGCGUCCCUGCAAGCGUCACAGCAGAUAUGGAUCGCGGGGAACACGGUUGGAUCCUGUGUGGUCUUCACUCCGAGUAACCGACGCUCGCAAGCAGGGCUUGAGUCUGAGCGCCUCCCCGUACUCUGCACAAACUCUGCACCCCUCACUCGAUCUAAUGUUACUUCCUACGACACGACACGCCAAAUUCGAGUAUCUACUCCUUCUGCAGGUGUGCUCACAGGGUUCCGGGACAAGUUCAGCUUUCGAUUCCUCGGGGUACAAUAUGCCGAGUCCACUGCAGGUGCCAACAGGUUUCACCCCCCCACAGCCGUAACUAUCUCGUCUGAUACCUCAAGAUCUGCGCUUGCAUAUGGUUCAGUGUGCGCUCAGCCCCCCGACGCAGACAACGGCCAUCUGUUGCAUACAGAUGAAGAUUGCAUGUAUUUGAACGUGUUCUCCCCUAUCGUUAACUCUGCCACAAUCAGUGACCAGGACACCCCCAAAUUACCCGUAAUGUUCUUCAUUCACGGAGGUGGUCUCAACACUGGAGACAGCGGUCCAUUCCCAUACAACAUGACCACGAGCGGUUUCGUUGGUAACUCGGUCUCUAAUAUCUACGAUGGAACAAAUGUGGUCUCCUAUGGCGGCGUCGUUCUUGUCACGAUCAACUACCGUCUAACAGCCUUCGGCUGGUUCAAUGCAUCUAAUGCCGCAUUGAAGGACACAUUACUCGCCCUCCAUUGGGUCCAAGAUAACAUAGAAGCUUUCGGGGGAGAUCCAACGAAAGUCCUCGUGUUCGGCGAGUCUGCCGGCGGUAUAAUGACAAGAUAUUUGCUUGGCACCAACCCUGUAUAUACGGAAGGCCUAUUUAGUGCUGCCGUACUAGAGUCCGAUGUUCCCAUCAUCGAUAUAUACCUCUCUCCGAAACUAGCGUUGGAACCUUCGCUAGAGCUCGCGAAAUAUGUUAGUUGUGCCGACAAUUCGUCGACCACAUUUACAAAUUCCAUGGCCUCCUGCGUUCAAGGCCUACCCGCGGAUGUCAUUGCAAUGGCAUCAUAUAAUUUAGGCAUCUCGUGGGAUAUCGCGAUUGAUGGCGACUACAUCCUCACCGAUAUUGUUUCUAGUAUCGAGGAUGGCGUGUACGCGCGGGUUCCAACAAUAUGGGCGAGCAACAAGUGCGAGUUGUGCUACAUGCUACCGCCCACGAUCUCCCCCAACUCGUCUGCGUCUGUCUUCCCUGAAAGCCUCUCUCUUUAUUUCAACACGACGCAGGCCGAGCGCAUUCUCAACGCCACGGACCUGUAUCCUUACGAGACCGCACCAUCUUCAGACGGAAUUUCGGGCGCUGUGCUCACUCUAGCCCAGUUGCUCACCGACUACGUUGUGCACUGCCCUAUGGCAUACCUCUCCUCGCUCGAGACCACCGCGCCGAGACCCAGCAAUGCCUACAAGGUCCUGUUCGCAACUGGCCUUGGCUCGCCACUCACGCCCAACCCCGCGACGUGCCCCGGCCAGGUGUGCCACGGAGAUGAGCUUUACUGGGUUUUCGCGACGGCGGAGACGGAUGGGCUGUACCAGCCGCUGACGGAGAGUGCUGUGCUCACAACGCGUGAGGUUGUGAGCCGGUGGACGGCGCUGGCGUGGGAGGGAACGCCAAAUUAUGAGGGGGCGGCGGUGGAGUGGCCGCUGUACAGGGACAAUAAUGAGGUGGUCAUCGCUGUUGGUGCGGCGGAGUCCAUCCAGCCGUAUCGGGAAGCCCAGUGCGAUUUUAUACUGAGCCAGAUAGGCUUGGUCUUCGGAGAAGAGUAA